AUGGCACCGCUCAAACCAACCUGGACCCAACCCUCCCAUCCCUCCAUCCAAACCGUAAUCCACGGCCAAAACUCCUCACAAGAAUACACCUCGAAAUCGGUCUCCAAGAUCUCCCUCCCGCCCUUCGCGUUGUACGCAAAAAUGGCCUUUCCACCCUGCACCCCGGCGUCCGAAGCUACAUAUGCAACGGUGCAAUGUGGUCGGGACGCCCAUUUGAAUUUGAAUAGUGAUUUGGUGUAUAUAAAUCAUAGUUGUGAACCUAGUGUGAUCUUCGAAACAUCCACGCUUUCAAUCUUGGCUGGGCCCAAGGGGUUGAAAGAAGGCGAGGAGUUGACGUUUUUCUAUCCGAGCACGGAGUGGGAGAUGGCACAGGGGUUCGAUUGUCUCUGUGGGACGGGCAGUUGUAAGGGGUGGAUUGGGGGCGCGAAGGAUAUGGGGUGGGAGGGGUUGAAGGGGAUGUAUUUGAAUGGGCAUAUUAGGGAGCUUUUGGAGGAGAGGGAUGAGGAGAGGAAGGGCAAGAUGAAUGGGAAGACGAAAGCUGAAGAGGAUAGUGUGGUGAAGAUGUUGGGUGUGUCUGUUGAGCAGGCGAAGAAGGCUUUUGAGGCUGUAGAGCAGGCUUUGGAGGCAUAUAAGAGAAACACGAGUGGAAAGGUGUCUGGAAUUGGAAGUGUGAGAGAGAACGGUAUCGGAUCUCGAGCUUUGAUUGACGAGGCGUUACUAGUCGUGAGAUGA